CAAGAUUAAAUGCAACAACGAACAACCUACAUGUGCCAACUGCAAAACUUAUGGGAAAGACUGUGUCUAUGAACCUCUGUCGGCUCCCGCAUCAACUCAAUCGGUCACUCCUCCGGCCCCAGCAAGCAGUUCUGACCAGCAUCCCCGAAAGCGGCGCAGAACGGCGGAUCCGCCGGUGCGCACGACUAGCGCCGUUUCCGCCCAGCCGCGUGAUGAUGAGCCUGGCAGUCGGGCCCACAAUGACAGCGCAGCUGAGGUCCACUUGUCAGAACCGUCACAUCGGGACGGGAUUGGGCCGUCGGUCCACCAAGUUGCCGAUGGGCCACGCGGUCCGUUGUCCCAGUCCAAGGCCACCCCGGCCGGCCCUCAACGUCCUGGCGUGUCCCGAAUGGUGGUGUCGGCCAAUGGCGUGUCGAGCUAUCAUGGGCGCACCAGCACUCUGUUUGAAGAGGCAAUCCAGGAGCGUGCCUCGGGGGCAGAGUUGAACCACCGGAUGCCCGAUGAAUGGACCGAGAAGGGACUUGUUGCUGAAGCUGCGAAACAAUCCCAGCUAGAAGAGUUCAACUAUCGUGCCGGGACGUUGGACUUUGACGGUGUGGACCCCGAACUGGGGAUGCACCUCCUGUCCCUCCACUGGAACCGGCAGCACCACUCGUUCUGUAUCACGUACCGGCCGGCCUUCAUGCGGGACAUGGCCUGCGCCGGCCCGUACUUCUCCAAGAUACUUCUCAACGCCAUCUACUUUGGCGCCUCCAAAUUCAGCCCACGCCGCGAGGUCCGCCGCGACCACGACGAUGUGCGCACCGCCGGGUGGCAGUUCCGGGAGCGCGUGCGCAAUCUGCUGGGAGGCGCCCUCGACCGCAGCGAGAUCACGACCAUCCAGGCCCUGCUGGUCAUGACAAACUCCCUCUUUGCGCUGGGUGACGAGAGGAGCGCCGCCUGGCUGUACGCGGGCUUGGCGUUUCGGAUGAUUAUCGAUCUGGGGAUGCACGUGGAUGCUCCAGAUCUGGGGAGCCCUCGCAAGUUCUCGGACGAAGAUGUGGAGAUCCGGAGGAGGGUCUUUUGGGGUGCAUUCGUGGUUGACAAGAUCCAGAGUCUAUACCAGGGUCGUCCGGCUACGCUGAGGGAGUCGGAUACAGCCGUGCCCAUCAAGUUUCUAGAUACGUACGAGGAGCUGCAGAACUGGCAGCCCUUUGCCUACUCGAUGGAAAAUAAGAAAUACAGUGGUAGCCCAGCCUACAGUGUGACAACCUUUACGUCCUUGUGUCACUUGUCGGUCGUCAUGAGCGACAUACUUAGUUGUAUCUAUACCGAACGAACCUUUGACCAAAGCGCUGUCGAGCUGUGUGCCACUCUCGAAAACCUCAACUCGAAAUUGGUAGCCUGGAAGAAGGCUCUACCAAAACACCUCGACUUUGAUCCGAUCAAGUCCACGCAGAUUCCACCGCCUCACGUGCUUAGUCUUCAUGCCAUGUAUCACGUCCUCACAAUCCUCCUCCACCGCCCCUUUGUUGCUGACGGUCACCUCUACAACACCUCACGCUCUAUCCCCGUCAACUCCUUCAUAAUAUGCGCAUCUGCUGCGGAUAGUAUAGCUGCGCUGCUUCGAGCGUACGAUCGGGCAUUCUCAGUCCGUCAUGCACCAUAUCUCAUAUCCUACGCGACGUACGUCGCCGCCACGAUCCACGUACGCAUUGCCGCCAAGCGCAGCACCGACUCGGAGGCUCGGGAGAACCUGGAAACCUGCCUGGGCGUGUUUAGAGACAACUCAAAGACGAAUUGGGCAGUGAGGAGGGCCAACGCCAUCGUGGAAAGCCUGAUCAAGCGGCUCGGAGUGAACCUCACCGAUCCCGGAGGCGAGUCCAGCGGCGUCUCGCGGAGUCAACGCCGUUCAAGUCUGGCAGGUCCUGACGGCCCGAGGUCGCAGGUCGCGAUAGGCGGCUCGGGAAGCCACAGCGAGACGGUGCAGCACCUCCGGCAGCAUGGCCAUCAGGGGUUGACCUUUUCCGAAGACGCAUCUCCGUCGACUGGCUGGUCGGACAUUGACGGCAUAAUACAGAGUUUUGUCAGAGGCCAGGACAGCAACGUCGAAGAUGCGACGACAGGCCGCAUGGGUGUGGUCGAGGACCAGCAGAUGCAAUAUAGAGCGCCGGCGGCUGCGACAACGGGGGGAGUGAUCGGCUUUAGUGGUGCGGAGCCAAGCAGCUCUUCCGCGGAUGCGCGACACGGUAUGGACGGACACCCGACCACCUGGGUGGGAUUAUUUCCCGAUGGAGCAGUCUCUGGAGCCGCAACUUCUUUCGAUGAUCUACUUUUUGGCUUCAACGGGUCCGCAUUGGACAGUUCUUUUGUCUAGAAUUGUGCGUGUCCGGGGCACCCAUGGCCCCCAUGUCAUGUUGUGGGGCGCAGGUGCGAGUCAGAUAGGUUCCCGCGGGAGUGAGCGGGAAGCACGACUACAAUACCCGCGGCACGGGUAUCGCCCCCUGAGUGGAGAGUAGUGACGGAGUCAGUGGUAACUUGAUUUUGUGUCCAUGCAAGGUGAUCAUCGAAGAUUCUGGGAAAUAUCUUUGUUCCGACACUUACUGACUGGCUAUAAAGAAGCCGGAAAGUACAUUUCGGUGCCCAUGUCGUCACUAAAGUGACACAUUCAGCAUACAAAGCAUACCAUAUACACAAUUACUCGGCACUCCUAUCCGGUGGAUAACCCUCUUGGUAUUAUCCCUCCCGCAUGUUCUCCCUCCCCAAGGCAUCAUCAACAUUCUUUAUCAGA